UGUUCCUGUUUCAGGUACCAGGGGGGAUCACAAGGCAGUGUUGGGAGAGGGAAACUCCCAGCUCUGGCAGCACAGUUCCAGCCAUUAGUGACCUCUGGUUUCCCUUCUUUCUCAUUUUCCAGCUGUUAGAAAUGACAGGAACAAGAAAAAGAAGGAGCCUACAAAGCAGGAGUGCCCAGAGAGCUAUGAGAUGACAGCUGAGCUGGACGACCUCACAGAGAAGAUCCGAAAGGCUCACCAGGAAACUUUCCCCUCACUCUGCCAGCUGGGUAAAUACACCACGAAUUCCAGUGCUGACCAUCGAGUCCGACUGGACUUGGGCCUCUGGGAUAAAUUCAGUGAACUGGCCACCAAGUGCAUUAUUAAGAUCGUGGAAUUUGCUAAACGUCUGCCGGGCUUCACUGGCUUGACCAUCGCAGACCAAAUCACCUUGCUGAAGGCCGCCUGCCUGGACAUCCUGAUUCUUAGAAUUUGCACCAGGUAUACCCCAGAACAAGACACCAUGACCUUUUCCGAUGGCCUUACCCUAAAUCGAACUCAGAUGCACAAUGCUGGAUUCGGUCCUCUGACUGACCUCGUGUUCACCUUUGCCAACCAGCUCCUGCCUUUGGAAAUGGAUGACACAGAAACAGGCCUUCUCAGUGCCAUCUGCUUAAUCUGUGGAGACCGCCAGGACCUUGAGGAACCAACAAAAGUAGAUAAGCUACAAGAACCAUUGCUGGAAGCACUCAAAAUUUAUAUUAGAAAAAGACGGCCCAGCAAGCCUCACAUGUUCCCAAAGAUCCUAAUGAAAAUCACAGAUCUCCGCAGCAUCAGUGCUAAGGGUGCAGAACGUGUAAUUACCUUGAAAAUGGAAAUUCCUGGAUCAAUGCCACCUCUCAUUCAGGAAAUGUUGGAGAAUUCUGAAGGACAUGAACCCUUGACCCCAAGUUCAAGUGGGAACACAGCAGAGCACAGUCCUAGCAUCUCACCCAGCUCAGUGGAAAACAGUGGAGUCAGUCAGUCACCACUGGUGCAAUAAGACAUUUCCCAGCUACUCCAAACAUUCCCCAGUACCUUCAGUUCCGGAAUUUAAAAUGCAAGAAAAAACAUUUUUACUGCUGCUUAGUUUUUGGACUGAAAUAUAUUAAACUUCAAAGAAGGACCAAGAAGUUUUCAUAUGUAUCAUAUAUAUAUA